GGGUGGUCGCCUCGAUGCCCUCGGCCUGCUCUCCUGAGAAGCCUUCUCCAGGCCGGAGGGACCUGCAGCUCCAGGGCGAAGGCCGAUCCUUUCCCGUUCUUCGCGCCAGGGGCCUCUCGGAGCAGCCGGCCCGUCCGCCCGACGGCGCUGAGGGCACCAUGGGCUGCAGCCUCCCGCCGGGACUCAGCCUAGAUGACUUCAUCCCCAGGCACCUGCGCACCCACACGCUGCCGCCCCACCGUGGGCCCCGGGUGCCUGUGCUCCGGGAUGGAGGCUCUAAUACCCUCAACUUCCAGUUUCAUGACCCUGCUCCCAGGACCGUGUGCAAUGGGUCCUCUCAUCCCAGGCGACCCGCCCUCCGUGAUCUAGGUCCUUCCUGGUACCAGACCUGGCCAGCCCCAGGGGGCCGGGUCCCCAAGAGCCCAGAACCCCCUCCCCGGUGGUGUCCCCAGGACUGGUCAGCCACCUGGACCAAGGACAGUCGGCAGAGGGAGAAGCGCUGGGUCAAAUAUGAGGGCAUCGGACCAGUGGAUGAGAGCGGCAUGCCCAUCGCUCCCCGCUCGAGCGUGGGCAGCCCCCGGGACUGGUACCGCAGUAUGUUCCAGCAGAUCCACCGAAAACUUCCAGAAUUCCAACUGGAUUGGGUUUCCGAAGACAGGUCCAGAGAGACCAGGAGUCCUGGGCUGCAGGCGGGAACGGCUUCUAGGACAGGCCUGGCCCGGGGCUGGCAGCAAAGCCGCCCCUCUCCUCCCGGCUGGAAUUACAGGGCCGACCCUGGGGCGGUGCCCGGGAGCAUCUUCAGCUACCAGCCUCGGAGCUCAUCUGUCCUGCAGGCGCCCAGGCGGGUGGUAGGGUCCCGGGAGAAAGCUGAGAACAUCUGGGACCAAUUUCUGCGGGAACUGGAAAUAGGGCAACCGCCCAAGAAGCCCCUGGUGGAUGUGUCCACUGAAAAACCCUCACAGCCAAUUGAGAUCUUGCUGGAGAGGGAACUGGCCAAGCUGAGCGAGCAGUUGGACAAGGACAUGCGGGCAAUUGAGACCCAGUUGCCCUUGAGCAAGGAAGCCCAGCGGCCCCGGCGCCCCCCGCAGCGGGCCCGCCCGGACGGCCCCCCGACUUGCGGCCCCAGCCCCGCCCGCCUCCCCGGGCUCGCCCACCGCCCCAGAAUGGAGGAAAGCAAAGGGAGCCCCUUCCUGGGCCGGAGAGACUUCCUCUACCCGCCGCCCACCCAAGAUCCUGGUGGGGCCGAGUCCGGAGGCAGCCCAGGCAAGAAAGAGGAGAAGAAGAUGAAAGCUGCCCGACUCAAGUUCGACUUUCAGGCCCAGUCACCCAAGGAGCUGACGCUGCAGAAGGGGGACAUCGUAUACAUCCACAAGGAAGUGGACAAGAACUGGCUGGAGGGGGAGCACCACGGCCGGGUUGGCAUCUUUCCCACCAACUAUGUGCAGGUGCUGCCCCCAGAUGAGAUCCCAAAGCCCAUCAAACCCCCGACUUACCAGGUGCUGGAAUACGGGGAGGCCCUGGCCCAGUACAACUUUAAGGGGGACCUCGAAGUGGAGCUGUCCUUCCGCAAGGGCGAGCGGAUCUGCCUGCUGCGGAAGGUGGACCAGAACUGGUACGAGGGGCGCAUCUCGGGCACGGGCCGCCAGGGCAUCUUCCCUGCCAGCUACGUGCAGGUGACCCGGGAGCCGAGGCUCAAGGCCUGCGAGGAGAGCCCCACCCCCGCGCACCUGACCUUGGCCGGCUCCCCGGGCCCCGGCUCUCCCCGCCUGGCCGCCGCCCGCUCGGCCCGCUCCCCGGGCUCCCCCUCGGCUCCCCGCAGCCCGGCGGAUCCCACCGACUGGGGGGCCCGCACCUCUCCCCGGCGGGCUGGCUUCACCUUCCCGGCGCAGGAGCCCUCCCGCCUGGCCUCGCCCACCAGACCCCAAGCCCAGAGUCCCAGUGCCUCUGGCCCCUUUCAUCAGGGCCCCAGCCACCUCCCUGCACCUUCCGCCGACUCCUCCGAAAUCCGCUGGACCCCGUACCGAGCGGUGUAUCACUAUCGGCCCCAGAACGCAGACGAGCUGGAGCUGCAGGAGGGUGACCAGGUGGACGUGAUGCAGCGGUGUGACGACGGCUGGUUUGUGGGUGUCUCCAGGAGGACUCAGAAGUUCGGGACUUUCCCUGGAAACUAUGUUGCCCCGGUGUGACCCGUCACUAAGGCAGUCUGGAGUGAGCCAAGUUCCCUGCCCGGAAUCUCUGGUGGGGAGGGGCGGGUGGCGGAGCAAUGCAGUCCGGGGACGGGCCGUCCUCUCCUCCGGCUCUCUGGAAGCCCCUCUCUGAAACCGCACUUUUUCCCUCCCGUCCCUGCACCGCCCCGCUGUGCUGCCCCCCUGGGCGGAUUGGGCCGAGGCCCCUCUCGGGUCUCUCCCCGUCCGAGUCCCAGGGAAGAGAGAUUCCUCCGGCGUGGGCACACCCCCUCUCCCCGGUGUGGGUCUCUCCGCUAACAGGCACCAGCUCCCAGCCCUGAUUGAGACCACAUUUCAGCCUCCUCCUGCUGCGGCAUCUACUCUUUAAUCGGAACCAGCUCCCCUAGCUUUACCCCAUGGGGUUUCCUCUUAGCACGACCGGUUUCUCAGCCUAAUACGGACCAAAUGCCUCCUUGAGCCCCCUCCCCAUCAUCUCUCAGCCUUCCCCGGUCCCCCCCCGACUUUCCCUCUACUUCCCCUCUAGACUGCAAACUCAUUAUGGGCAGGGAACGCGUCUGCUAAUUCUGUUGUAUCGUGCUCCCCCAAGCACUUAGUACGGUGCUCUGCACUUAGUAAGCGCUCAAUAAAUACAGCCGUGAUGGGUGGGGAUGUAUUCCUGGCCCGGACCAGAGGCUGCCUAGCGUUCCCCGGCCUCUGGUUCCUACUCUCCCGAACUAAUGGACUGCAGGUAAGGGGCCCUUCCUAGGUCAGGUACUCCUGGUCCUGUAACUUUGGGAGCCAUUAGCUGCCCUUUUCCUCCAGUCCCCCUCCAAGAGAGUGUAAUAAAAUGGAAAUGGUCUCC